CCGGGGCCAUUCUAUCCCUUGGGCGAUCAUGUCGGAUUCCAGAUCCGAUGGGACGAAUUCCGUGCACCCGACCACUCCCACCACUCCUCUCCGACGGGAACGGGCCCCAACGAUCACCAUCGACACCUCCGCCGUGACCACCUCUGAUCAGAAUGAGCACCCGCCCCAAGUCGUCUCCCGCCCAUCUUUGCAGACCUCCGACAGUGCCGACGCGAAUGAUACGAGUGCGCUGCUAAACGGCGGGAGUGUUUCGCCCUCGGACGGCCGUUCGCAGGCCUCCAUCCGCUCCUUCACUUCGUCGGAGCCGCGCGACCACGAAAGCAGACCGACCUCCCCGCACAACGUCUCCUCCCCCACGUCGAAGAUGAACGAGCCCACCACCAAUUCCAACUACCUGGCCGUCCCCGGCGCGAGAUCGCGGGGCAAUUCGUUAGAGUCCGACGGCACCACCCCAUCUUCGAGCUCCUACGGCGGCGACACCUACGUCAACCCCCCUUCGCAAGGAUCGCACGCAGACCUGGGGAAGGAUGCGUUGGUCAGUGAUGAAGAAGCCCUCACCCCGGACCCGGGCCGAGAAGCCGAGUUCGAGGUCGAGGACAACCGAUUUGCCUUCUCGCCCGGCCAGCUGAACAAGCUCCUGAACCCCAAGAACUUCAGCGCCUUCCACGCGCUGGGAGGCGUCCGCGGACUCGAGAAGGGACUCCGCACCAGCCUUCGCAGUGGCCUGAGCUGGGAUGAAACGGGGUUGGACGGGACGGUCAGCUUUGACGACGCGCUCUCUCAGGCCCCCGGGCCCAAUUCGCAGCCCAAGUCGGAUCCGCCGCAGCCCCCGACCCGAUCCGAUACGACUCCCGCGAAACACGCCGAGAACGCCUUUACCGAUCGACGUCGCAUCUACGGUGAAAACAAGCUGCCCGAGAAGAAAUCCAAAUCCAUCUUCGAGUUGGCAUGGAUCGCGUACAACGACAAGGUCCUCAUCCUGUUGACGAUUGCAGCCAUCAUCUCGCUCGCCCUGGGAAUCUACCAAUCGGUCACGGCCAAGGACGGAGAGGCGCGGGUGCAAUGGGUGGAGGGCGUGGCCAUCAUCGUGGCCAUCGUCAUCGUGGUGAUCGUGGGUGCCGCCAACGACUGGCAGAAGGAGCGCCAGUUUGUGAAACUGAACAAGAAGAAAGAGGACCGGACGGUGAAGGUGGUCCGCUCCGGGAAGACCGCCGAGAUCUCCAUCCAGGACGUCUUGGUCGGCGACGUCAUGCACCUCGAGCCCGGUGACCUCGUCCCCGUGGAUGGUAUCUUCAUCGAAGGCCACAAUGUCAAAUGCGACGAGUCGUCGGCCACGGGAGAGUCGGACGUCCUACGCAAGACCGCGGGCGGAGAAGUCUACCGCAUCAUCGAUCGCCACGAGGGCCUCGGGAAGCACGAUCCGUUCAUUGUCUCCGGUGCUAAAGUGUCGGAGGGUGUGGGCACGUUUCUAGUGACCGCCGUCGGUGUGCACUCGACCUACGGGAAGACCAUGAUGUCCCUCCAAGACGAGGGCCAGACCACUCCUCUCCAGACCAAGCUGAACAUGCUCGCCGAGUACAUCGCGAAACUCGGUCUGUCGGCCGGCCUGCUGUUGUUUGUCGUACUCUUUAUCAAGUUCCUCGCGACCAUGAAAGAUAUUCCCACCGCCGACGACAAAGGUCAGGCGUUCCUGCAGAUCUUCAUUGUCGCGGUCACCAUCAUCGUCGUGGCGGUCCCGGAGGGUUUGCCGUUGGCGGUGACGUUAGCGCUGGCGUUCGCAACCACGCGAAUGCUCAAGGACAACAACCUGGUGCGACUGCUGCGGGCGUGUGAAACGAUGGGCAACGCCACUACCAUCUGUUCCGACAAGACGGGCACGCUGACGGAGAACAAGAUGACGGCGGUCGCGGCGACCUUAGGCACGACCUUUCACUUCGGAGGCAAGUCCCCCGGCGCGUCUCCGACCCCCAAUGGGGACGGGGACGCCCAUGCCGAUGAUGGACAAAGCGAGCCCGAGGGAACCACGGCCUCUCCGUCGGAGUUCGCCAGAGGCCUUGCGGGACCGGCCAAGGACCUGCUGCUCAAAUCGAUCGUGAUCAACUCUACCGCAUUUGAAGGAGAGCAAGAUGGCGCCAUGGCGUUUGUCGGAUCCAAGACCGAAACUGCCCUGCUGGGUUUUGCACGAACCUACCUCGGUCUCGGUUCGCUCGGGGAGGCUCGCGCCAACGAGGAGGUCGCCCAGAUGAUCCCCUUCGAUUCGGGUCGAAAGUGUAUGGCUUGCGUGAUCAAGCUCAGCAAUGGGAAAUACCGCAUGCUCGUCAAGGGUGCGUCCGAGAUCCUGGCGGCCAAGUCAACGCGCAUCAUCUGCGAUCCCACCAAGGACCUCUCGGAGAGACCGUUGUCAGAUACCGACCGGUCCGCCUUGGACGGGAUCAUCAACCACUACGCGUCCAAUUCGCUGCGGACGAUCGGUCUCGUGUAUCGUGACUUCGAACAGUGGCCCCCUCGCGGCGCCCCCACGCAGGAGGACGACCGUUCUCUGGCCGUAUUCGAUGCGAUCUUCAAAGAUAUGGUCAUGUUUGGGGUGUUUGGUAUCCAGGAUCCUCUCCGGGCAGGCGUGACGGAAUCCGUCAAAUUGUGCCAGCGCGCUGGCGUUUUCGUGCGCAUGGUCACCGGCGACAACAUCAUGACCGCCAAAGCCAUCGCCCAGGAGUGCGGGAUCUUCACCCCCGGCGGCAUUGCCAUUGAGGGGCCCAAGUUCCGCAAGCUAAGUAGCCGCCAAAUGACGCAGAUCAUCCCGCGCCUUCAAGUCUUGGCCCGGUCCAGCCCUGAUGACAAGAAGAUCCUGGUCACGCAGCUCAAGAAGCUGGGGGAGACGGUGGCAGUCACGGGCGACGGGACCAACGAUGCUCAGGCGCUCAAGACCGCCGACGUGGGAUUCUCUAUGGGGAUUGCGGGCACUGAAGUCGCGAAGGAGGCUUCCGACAUCAUCCUAAUGGAUGACAACUUUGCUUCCAUUGUCAAGGCUAUGGCCUGGGGUCGAACCGUCAACGACGCCGUGAAGAAGUUCCUGCAGUUCCAAAUCACGGUCAACAUCACCGCCGUUCUUCUCACAUUCAUCUCUGCGGUGGCCAGUAAUUCCGAGGAAUCUGUCCUCACGGCUGUCCAACUGCUGUGGGUCAACCUCAUCAUGGACACUUUCGCUGCACUUGCAUUAGCAACGGACCCGCCUUCGCCUGAAAUCCUCAAUCGCAGACCGGAACCGAAGUCGGCCCCUCUGAUCACCUUUACCAUGUGGAAGAUGAUCAUCGGACAGAGUAUCUUUCAGCUGGUCGUUACGCUUGUUUUGAACUUUGCUGGAACGUCUAUCACCGGGUAUAAAGAUGUAUGGCUAAAGACUGUCGUGUUCAACACUUUUGUUUGGAUGCAGAUCUUUAACCAGUGGAAUUCCCGCCGCAUCGAUAAUAAUCUAAACAUCUUUGAAGGGGUGUUCCGCAACAGAUGGUUUAUUGGGAUUCAGUUCAUCAUCGUCGGCGGCCAAGUGCUGAUCAUCUUCGUCGGUGGAAAGGCGUUCUCAGUCACGGCCCUCAACGGUCCUCAAUGGGGUGUUUCUCUGGUUCUGGGCGUGCUCUCCCUUCCGGUUGGAAUCAUCAUCCGAUUGAUUCCCGACGAGCUUGUUGCAAAGCUCAUCCCCACCUUCUGGCACCGCGAGAAGGGACCGCAGCUUCUGGUGUCGGACGAAGACCGUCGAUACGAGUGGAACCCCGCCUUGGAGGAGAUCCGGGAUCAACUGAAGUUCAUCAAGACCCUCCGCGGCGGACGGCUGAAGCACCUGAAGCACAAACUGCAACACCCGCAGGAGCUACUCCCGAGAUCUCGGAGUGGCUCUCGGUCACGAGAGAAUUCAGUCCCAGGAACCCCAGUCAACGAAAGCGCAGGCACGCCGCCGCCCUCGACACCGGAGUCCCGAUCACGCAAGCAGACUCGGUCUCGGUCCAACUCCGCGUUCGGACCCGCCGCCGCCAUGGCAGGCGUGGUGGCCGGAAGUAUUGCAGGCUGGUCGCCGAUCGAACGGGGGCCCAGCAAUGGCGAUACGUUCACCUUCACCACGAGCCCUCACGGCGGGCUGGGCAGUCAGCCUGGCAUCGAGAUUCACCCGGAAACCGCGGCCGACGAUAACGUCGUGGGGGAGUACCUGUCUUCGUCGAAGACACCUCCCAGCCAGAAUCCAGACCUUCUCCCUUUCUUUGAGCACGCUCCGCCAGCACGCGCGCCGUCUCACCGAAGUGCACGAUCGACGUCCAGACGAUCUCGAUCAAGCCAGAGCCAUAGCCAGGCUUAGCCUGGGACUCCAUACAUACAUACCUUUUCUGUGUACAUGAUACCCUAUUCUUUUUCUUUUUUCCCCUCCAGCCCACUUUUCUUCCUCCAACCCACCACAAAUGAAGCCCCAGAUUCGUCCAUAGACUUCUUAAUUCCGUGUUCCCCUUUACGUUGCUUUUAAUAUCUUACUCUGUUUAUUUUAUCUUCUCUCUCUUUCUUUCUGUUCAUGAUUAACCCUCUAACCCUCCUUAAUGGGCUUACUUUGUAUGCCCCUAACUUUUCAAACCCCGUCGCCCUCCUAAUCAUCUUAUCUUAGUUCUCUUGUUGAUACGUGUUUCUUAUUCUUAGUAAUACUUUCCUUUUCUUGGGCGUACGUGGUCGGAAAAACGAAAAGAAGGUUUUUUUUUUUUUUUUUCCUUACUGUUUUAUUGUUUAAUAGACAUACCCCUCUCGCAUAGGGUUUGGUUUGGACCUGGCGCAAGAGGGGUUUUCUUUUUUUCUUCUUUUCUUUACUGUCUAUAUCUAUCAUUAUCACUUUCUUCCCUUGAUCUAGUAUUAUUCCCAAUCCUAUACAAUAAGUCAAUUCAUUCAAGAGAUAUUAGUUAGGGUUGGGGACAGGCAACAGUGGUUGAGUGGGCGCUUCUUUCCUUUUUUGCUCUUUUUUCUUUUCUCCGUGUAAUUGUCAUGGACUGCUGUU